GUUUUGGCGGCUUUCCGAGGUGGUCGACUCAUCCGCUCGUCGAAUUUCUGACAUAAAUAAAUUCGUGUUGGUUGGUUGUUCAUAAUGCACGAAAAUGAAGUACAGACGGUGUCCGUUCCAAUUGAGGUCGCGCAAGAAUAUGUAUCAAAGCUACUUGGGUUUGCACCUCUUCAACUUUCAGAUGAUUUGUACAAUGUGAUCAUUACUCAUUUGGAACAAAUGAUAGAUGAAUUCAGUGAGAAGUUAUUGGAUAAAUUUGGAUUAAAAUUUACGUCAGAAAAACUUCAGUCGCUCACUUAUUAUUUAAAAGAAAGACUUGAAGACCGUCUUGUAGACAUGUUUGAUUCUUUCGAUAUAUUUUUAGUCGGCAAGGUACUGUAUCUGAGUUCUUCAGUAGUUCUCAAAGAUGAUGAACUCCAGCUAGUUUACUCUGAAAAACGUGACAAAGCUAUUGAAAAUCGUAUUAUCACUUACACGAAUAGAAUUACAGUACUUAAAACAUGUCUAACAAAAAUUGAACAAGAAACAGCUAAGAUCAACUCAAUUGUAGAUAACAUAAAGAAUAUGAAGAAACACAUCAAUCAAGCUCUGGAAAAUGUUUAUGGUGUCAGGUCAGUCGAUGAAUUAUGUCUUUCAAUAUAUGAACGGAACAAUUCAAUAAAUCGAUUAUAUACUGCUCUAACUAAUACAAAUGUAUCCAAUCCUAAUUUUCUAUCAAUUUGUUCACCUUUAAAGAAGAGAAGAAAACAUAACAGCAAAUGAUUUUUCGUUGAAAGAGAUAUGUAUUUACUGUACCAUAUGAUAUAUAUAUAUAUAUAUAUAUAUAUAUAUAUAUAUAUAUAUAUAUAUAUAUAUCGUACAGUACUAUGUAAUCUUACAAAUGUAAUAUAUAAAUCUCGUGUAUCUGUUUCUUGUAUAUUCAUCGUUAUUUAUUUUAAAAACUAAUAUAAUAUAUUCAAAGUUUCAAUUAGUACGAUUUUAGUUUUACCUUAUGUAUACAGUUUCCUGAUGAAUGACUUUCCAACUUUAAGUACGUGAUGAUGUCUUACUGUGCCCUGUUACACAAACUAUGGGAAUUACACUUAACCAGUUUGUAGUUAGUGUUCGUAAGUGAAGUAUAUAAAUUGCUCCUAAAUUCAAAGCACUUCUGUGAGACUGGUUGGAACCUGCUCCUACAUUCACUUUUUGUGUCAUGUUAAAAUUAAUUGAAAAGUUUAUGUACUUAAGUAGUUGUUUUUAUUUGUGAUGACGUAACAAGUGAAAUCAAUCUACGUAUAAUGAGCGGCUUAUGUUGAUCUGAGUCAUCUUUGGCGCUAUCGUGAUUUUAGUUUGUUUGUAGAAGAUCAGGUUUACAACAUACUGUUUGGGAGCAGCUUUGCUACAUGUUUAUGAGACGUGACCUCUCCGAUUUGAGGAUGCUCGGCGACUCCGUGUUUGAUGAUCGUCAUAUCCGAAGGAUCUCUGACAUUCGGUCUUGGCGCCAUGUUAAUUCCGAGAUUCAGCAAUGUGUGUCCGAGUGUAGUGACGAUAAUUGAAUUGCUGUUACCAUCGAUUUCGGUGGCAUUGACAUGCUUUACGAAUGUCAUCCCAGCGACCUAUAUGUCGUACACCAUGUCUGGAUGUUUGUAAUGAAUGAAGAAAAGUGGAGAGAU